AGUUGCUGUUAUUUUCUUGGACUUUGCUUCAGCUCUGUCUCAUCACUUGCAUACUCGGCUUUCAGCUUCAGACACCGACUCCUGUGCGAGGAAAAUCCCCCAGACUCAGACCGGGAUGUGUAAAAUUUACCACGAGGGUGUCAGGAAUUUCGUACUUUGCUUCCAAAACAGCUAAGCAACCAGGGGGCUGGAGAGAAAAGCCUACUGGAUCCCACACAGCCAGAUCCACGGGCAAACCAGGCGCAGAUAAACCUUCCCUUCCUCUCCGUGCCCACAACCUUCUGCUUUUGUCUAUCGUUUUCCUCCUUUUUUGGGGGAUGUGAACCUCCCUCUCUUCUCCUCUCUCGAUCUACGCCGUAGCCUCAGACAAGGAUGCCCACAGACCUACGGCGACGGUUGCAGAGUUUCGGGGGAUUCUCCUACGCCCCGGUCUGACGGCGGGAAUGCCUGAGCGUGAGUGAAGAGUGGCUCCGCUGACCACCACGGAGUUCAGGAUUAUGUUCCUUGCUACAGUUGUGGCUCUGCUGGUCUGUUUCUCUGUGCGGAAGGCAGAAGCGUCGGAGCCUGGGAGGGAAUGCUGGAGUGGGUCCGUGUCGGGUGUGGGUAGCAACUGGAGUUGUGUGGAGCCCUACCUCAUCUUCGGCCAUGGUAAGGCCAUCUAUCGCAUGGACCUGGAUGGAGGGAACAGAAAAAGGCUUGUGGCCGGGGUUGGAAACUCGAUUCUACUGGACUUCAACUACAAGGAGGGCAGAGUAUACUGGGCUGACAGGACCACUGGGGUCGUCUACAAGGCUGCGAUGGAUGGCGCACAGAGACAGAAAUUAUACUCAUCUGAAAAAGGCCUUUCGGGUCUUGCGGUUGACUGGAUUCAGAAUGUUGUCUUCUGGUCAAGUGAAGAAAAGGGAACUAUUAAGAGAAUGGAAGCAAAUGAGAAAAAUGAGAGGACUGUUUUAAGAUAUUUAUCUCAGCCGUGUUGCAUAGCGAUCGACCCGAGUGACAGGUUUCUGUUUUGGUUGUCUGACGGCAUCACACCCAGUAUCCAGCGCUCUAACAUGGCAGGAGAGAUGACCACUACAGUUUUAAAGAUGGCUGAGAAACUCAGGGCACUGUCUAUCGACCGAACAGACAAGAGACUGUUCUGGGUCCAGUUCGGUUCUGAAGGAGGAAGUGCCAUUGGUUCCUGUGACUACAACGGAAAUGUCAUCAACACCAUCAGUCAGCCUCUCCGGUCUCAAUCUCUGGGGAUAUUUGUAUUCAUGGAGCGAGUCUAUUACACUGAUGCCGCAUCGCGGGCUAUAAAACAGGUCAACAAAUACACAGGAGGAGCGGCGAAAAAAAUUAACCGGAAGCGGAUGGCGCACCCCCCCAUAGAUGUGAAGGUGGUACAUCCCCUCAACCAGCCAAUAGAAGACCCCGUGCCUGUCUCUCCAGGCUGUGAUGGACACGCAGGGCCUUGUGUAAACGUGUGCUCCAACCCAACUGAACAGGGUCUUUGUCAGUGCAGCGAGGGCUUUGCCCUCAGCAAGCAUGGAAAUCACUGUGAAGAUAUUAAUGAGUGCGCCUUGUGGAGCCAUGGUUGCUCCUUGGGGUGUGAGAACGUUCCAGGGUCCUACUUUUGCUCGUGCCCCCAAGGAUAUGCUCUGCUGCCUGAUCGGAGAACCUGCCAAGAGACCUUCCCAUGCGAGGGGAACAUGACCCAGUGUGACAGGGGCUGUGUGAGCUCAGAGAAUGGGCCUGUGUGUGUGUGCUCCGAGGGGUCCACACUCCUGCCUGAUGGCCUGUCCUGCUCAGGGUGCUCCUCAGCAGACAGAGGUGGCUGCAGUCAGCUGUGCUCCCCCACCACCCUGGGCCACUGGGAGUGUAAGUGUGUUCCAGGCUACCGGCUCCACCAGGACGGCAGGCGUUGCUCGGCCACAGGACCAGCUCCUUACCUGCUGUUUGCCAACACGGUGGAUGUCAGGAGAGUGAAUCUUGACGGGUCAGGUGACCACAGACUCCUGGACGAACCUCAGGGAAACGUGAUCGCCUUGGAUUAUGAUCCCGUCCAAAACAAAGUGUACUUUGCCAGUACGACUCUGAGGAAGAUUGAGCGGGUGGAUUUGGCAGGGGGGUCCAGAGAGGUUGUGGUGAGGGAGGGUCUGGACUCCCCAGAAGGGCUGGCUGUGGACUGGGUCCACCGCAGGCUGUACUGGACCGACCGGGGACUCUCUACUAUCGAGCGCAGCACUUUGAACGGGCUGGACAGAGAAACAGUGAUAAGGAAAGGGAUCCACGCUCCAAGAGGAAUCGCUGUUCACCCUCUUGCAAAGAAGUUGUUCUGGACGGACAUGGGCCGGCGUCCGGCGGUGUUGAGUGCGGCGCUGGACGGGCGCGAGCGCUGGGUGGUGGCUGACAGCGGGCUGGCGAUGCCCUGCGGUCUGGCGCUGGACUUCCUCCAGGAGCGCGUGUUCUGGGGCGACAGCAGCACCGGGGCGCUGGAGAGCGCCAACCUGGAUGGCUCGGAGAGACGGCUGCUGACAGAGAACGAAGUAGGGAGACCUUUUGACCUGGCGGUGUUUGAGGACCGUGUGUGGGUCUCCGACCGGGAGCGCCGCUCGCUGGGGAGCUUCGACAAACGCAGCGGAGAGAAACUGGAGCGUAUCCACGGCAACGUGGUUCAACCGGCGUCCAUUGUGGUGGUUCAUCCCAUGGCCAGGCCAGGAGCGGACAUGUGCCUCCACCAGAACGGGGGCUGUUCCCAGGUGUGUGAGAGCAGACUGGGGCGCCCUGUCUGCUCCUGCUUCCCCCACUACCAGCCCUCCCAGGGGGACAGCUGUGUACCCAUCAGCACAUCCAGCAGACCAGCAGAGUCUGGAGAUUGGGGAGAGUCUGUAGAUCCAUUCUCUUUGAAGAACAAGACUCUGAACGAUGAGAGCAUGCCCCUGCCCCUGCCUGGGCUCUCCUCGGACGGAGAAGAGGCCGACGCCCCCCUGGAGCACAGCAGGGAGCCGGCGCUCUUCACAGAGAAGAUGGUCUCAGACCAAGACGACUGCUCGUCGCUGCGCUGUGAUGUGAACGCUCGCUGCCUGGUGCAGACAGGAAGUGCCACCUGCAUCUGCCGAGAGGGCUUCUCUGGAGACGGAGACCUGUGUGUGGACGUGGAUGAGUGUGAGGUGGGCGUGUCUCAGUGCAGCGUUCAGAGUUCAGAGUGUGUGAACACGGCCGGGGGGUAUUACUGCCAGUGUCGUCCUGGCUUCACUGGAGACGGACACCACUGCACAGACGUUGACGAAUGCUCGCUGGGAUCACACAGGUGUGAUGAGAAGGCGGAGUGUGUGAACAGCUUGGGGAAGUACCUGUGCAGGUGUCAGGCCGGGUACAGUGGACAUGGACCUACCUGCCAGGAGACGCAGACCAAGGCAGUGCUAGUGACAACCCGCAGCCCAGUGGACCCCACCAUCAGGGGGCAUCAGUCUGUGGAGGGCUGCCCCUCCUCCCACGACUCCUACUGUCUCUACGAAGGCACCUGUUUCUACUUCCCAGAGAUGCAGUCCUACGCCUGCAACUGUGUGUCAGGCUACAUGGGAGAGCGGUGCCAGUUCAGCGACCUGCAGUGGUGGGAUUUGCAGCAGGCCGAGCAGGAGAAGAGGAGGAACGUGGCCAUCGCUGCCUGCAUGGCCGGCCUCAUCACCCUGCUCUCCAUCGCUGCCUGCAUCACCUACUGCUACGGGUCUAGGAGUUUGUUCCGGGAGCAUCUGUCAGUGGAUGACAUGAGCGUGAGCAGCAGCACAGAUGAGACCACGCCUAACACCACCAGCCCGCCACGGUUCUAUGUGGUGCUGGAUGCAGCUGAGGGGCAGGCCCAGGGUUGUCCCGUCAGAGCCGUGUGUCCGUCCUGCACCCCCGACACCGCUGCCCCCCCUCCUCCCCCCGCCGUGUCCACACAACACUCCGACCAGCGCAGGAACUCUGCUGCCACCGAGCUGAAGGGACAGCUGCCCUACUGAGACCUUUAACCUGGCCUUGAGCGACCCUGGCCUGGUGUGUGUUCUGCCAGGGGACAGCGUGAUGGAGGAGGAGGAGGAGGGAGCUCUGCGGGGAGGGCUCCAUGGCGACUGUGACCAUGGCGACUGUGACCAUGGAGACGAGGGGUGUCCGUCACCUCGCAUCCACCCACAGCCUCGAUAUCCUGGACGAGCCACAACCUCCACCCCUCAGCUCAGCUGAGCAUGCUCACACGCACACACACAUCCUGCACACGCACACACCACACACACCUCCGCACACACACAUCCUGCCAUACUCAACUACACACACCCACACAAACAUACACACUGGAAGAACAAUUGUUUGGCCGUUUUUAAUUCAGUUCAACUUAAUUUCAACAGUCCUGUUAAGAUCUUAAUUAUAGUUGCAUUUUAGUUGUUUUAUUUGUAUAAUUUUUUUUCCCAAGGCUCCUAUAAGAACACAAACAUGUAGUUAUACUACAUCAUUUACUAUAUGAGAAAUGUUAAUAUUUUUAUUGAAUAAUGUGAAAUUGAUGCUUUAGGUUGAGUAACCUUGCUGCAUAUCCCUCUGUGUCUUAUUUUGAAAUGUCAUGAAAUGAAAGUCAGAUAAGCUUUAAGUUGUUAAAACUGUUCAAAUUAUAUUUCACAUGAUAAUUGAAAGUAACAAGCAGUAUAUAAUAUUGAUGCUACUGAAGUGUAUUAUACUAUGAGUUAUAAAAUCGGUAUAUUUCAGUAUAGUGUACAGUAUCACACCCCAUGCUGUAACCAAGUUAUUACGUUGUUUUUUAUUGUAUUUUUUUAAUCAAUUGUUUAGCAUACCAUAUAUUUGUCACCAAAAUAAUGUGGAUACCGUAAGAAUUACCAUUGCAUUGUAUUAGAAAAUAAAUAAAACCAGUUUGUUAGUCUGCUGA